AGGUGUAUAAUAUUAAAAAACAAUCGGGUAUAAGGCAGGUCAGUGUCAUCUACUGGAUAAGACAGCACACUUGGUAGCACCAUGGAUCAGUGCUCAACACUUACUGAGUAUUUGAAGCAAAUACCUGACUAAACAUGCCUUGAAUAAACAGAGUUUCUUGAAAGCCCAGUUAGUAUUUUUUUAAUCGAAAGGCAACUAAGAGACAAGGGCAUCCAUCAUCUACGUCUGUUUGACGUGUUGUUUGAUAUGCCCAUUAGUCUGCUAGCAAGAAUAUGAUAAUUGCAGUAAUGGCAGCUUAAAUGCCCACUUCCACACAAGUCCCUUUAAUUGUUUUUCUUGCUUCUUCUCGUUACCUACCUGCUCGAUCACGGCUCUUUCACACAACGGUGACAAUGAGGGUCGCUUGCAACGAUAGGCUUUUGUCACUUUCGCUUUCUUUGAACUUCAUCGUCAGCUGUAAAAGUAUAAAUCUCCAGACGCUGGAUUCGACAUAUAAAACGGAGGGCUCUGGUUUCUUAUUUUUGUGUUUAUUUUCCUCAUUUUAAAAGGCGAGUCUUUGCAACUGAACGACAGUACAAAACCGCGGCCCUGAGGCGCACGCGUGCCGACACAGCGAUGGAUAAUCUUCACGGAGAACCGCUUCCACAGGUCGACGACUUAAACUCUCUGACAUCUAAGCUGCUCGCCGAAUGGGGUUGGAAAGCUGAAGAAGUGAAGGAUUUCGAGAGGGAUCAAGAGGUACCGGCGAAUGCCUUAUCUCCGGCAUCGUCUUUCGAAUCCUUCUGCCCGUCUCCACCCCGUUUCGGGGAUUCAGAACAGAAAGUGUCCCUGGUAAACAUUGCGCCUCAUUCUCUGGGAAGCUGCGGUCGAUCGUUGGCUCCGACCACUGCUAAUCACAGGGCAGUCAAACCAAAGAUGUCUAUUAAACGGAGAAUGAAAGCAAGCGAAAGGGAGAAGCUUCGAAUGAGGAGUUUGGCCGAUGCUCUGCACCAGCUACGGGACUAUUUACCUGCAGACUACAGCCAAAGAGGACAGCCACUCACCAAAAUACAGACGCUCAAAUACACCAUCCAGUACAUCAAUGAACUUUCGGAGUUACUUAGAAACAAAUGAGACUGUCUUGUUUGUGAAAAGAAAAGAACUAAAAAAAAAAAAAAACUGUGACGUUUGAGGAUUACUGUGUCCACCGUAAACAACGGAUGAAUACGUUCGCAAUUGACUACAUCGGUGCUUCUAACCAUUGCUAAUGCUUGUACAAUAACUCUGUAUUUUGUUAAAUUUAACCAAAGUAUUUCUAUUUGAUAUUAGCGGUUUUCUCGGAAGUACGUUGUACUGCAGUGGGAAUAGACUAGUCCGUGUGUGAACCGCUACUAAUCAGAUAACGGAAUUCUUGGUUCUUGCUUCAUUUGGCAGGAUACGGAGCAUGCUGAAAUCACUAAAAAGCUUCCUGAUGUAUAUAAAUGUACACAACUAAAGUAACUUUUUAAAAGACUGAAUAUUGUGCGUGGAAACUGACUUUAUUACAUUUCGGAUAUGCAAAGUGGAAUUAAUGGCGAUGCUGAUUUAUAAUAAACCGGGUUUAAGUUUAGUAGUCAUGAUUUCUUUAGUUAAUUGAAUGAAUGGGGUUUGUGGUCGGGUUUGGUGUGGUGGAUGGACAAACGAUUUGACAGGUAUGCAUUAGGACAUACAGUACUAUCAUUUCAUCUUUUUCAGUUUUAGCCUAGUACAUUGAAAAAACACAUCGCUAACAUCCAGUGUGGAAUAGAGCAUGUUGCAUGAUUAAGAGUCAGUGCCAGUGCCGUUGCCUCGCAGUUACGCGAUCAAGGUUCAUGUCCCAGGUACACCCUCCGUGGAAUUUGCAUGUUCUUCCCGUGUGGGCAUGUAUUUUCUCCGGGUACCACGGUGUCCUCCCACAGUCCAAAGACGUGCAUGUUAGCUGGAUUGGCGAUGCAGGUUGUCAGUGUGUGUGUGUGUGUGUUACUGACUGUGAGAGACUGGCACCCUGUAGCUGAGGGGUUGGGCGACUCUGAUCAGUAUAAUGGAGUAUAGAAAAUGAAUGGGAACCUGCAUUAUGUUAGCUGCAACCGAUCCUCAUCUGGAGCAAAACAACAACCACCUUGGCCACCGCGAACUUGUAUAAUUACGAAAAUGAGAUCAAUUUAUACUUGAUGCUUAAUAUUAAUGCAAGUGUUUGGGAUGUGGGAAAAAAAACGCAAGGGGGCUGGAACAGUCAGACAGCAUCUCUAAUUACUGCACCGUCUUGAUGUUUUAGAUACAACACAUUCAAAUAACUCUUAACAGAUAAAACCUUUGAAGUGCUUUAAUAUGUCUGUAAAUGUAUGUUGCAUGCUGUGAUCGUAUUAACAGAGUUGAGGUAAAAUAAAACGGUUCAGUAUUACACGGUAACAAUUAUUAAAUUUAAUAUUACGUUUAUUGGAUAGGAUCUCCUAUAAAUCUAAGUGUCUCACUGAAAAACGUUACUACCUUCAUUUUUAAUAUAAGACGAAAUGCCGACAGGCGGGAAAUAUAUGUCAUUGUA